GAAUACCUCAGGAAGCUGCUCCCAGGGGGGUUUGCUGCCUGUACUGACACCAGGACACAUCCUGCAUGACUUGCGCUGACGAGUAAAGCCACACCGCGGCUGUGGUGCUCCCACCCCGCCGGCGGGUCUGUCCGCACUCCGGCUGAUGCGGCCGCGCCGGGGCCAAGGCCGGGUGCCCCAGGGCCGUGGCGGGGCCGGGCGGGGCGGGGAGGCCCCACAGCCGGUUCCCUCUUUGCCCGGCGUGUGAUUGGCGGCGGCUCCGGAGCUGCCUCUCCCGCCGGCCAUGGAGCCUCCCCGCCGGUCCCCGGCCCGCGCCGCUUCCUGCUGAGGCGAACACCUGUCCGGAGCCGGAGCCGGGACCGGGGCCGGGGCCGCCGCUGUGGAAAAGCGUUCUGACUUUUUUUAAAAUGAGCAAUCAUAUGUAUAAUCGACUUGGUUAAAACUUCCUUCCUGGUAAGUGCAGCACUUCCUUUGCAUCUGGAUAUGAGGGCAAGCAAGAAAAGCAGAACAGCCUAAACAAAGAAACUUUUUGUGUGAAUGAUCCUCCUUUAAAAAAAUAGGAACUUCAAAAAUUAAACAAAUGAGUCGUCUUCGGCAAGUCAGCCUUUGUUUUAUAAGCAGAUUUCUUCUGGCAUGGAGUUGGGGGAUCACGAACAGACUGUUGUUAUGAGAGAGGAAAACAAACGAAGGAGAAGAAGAAUGAAACCUCAUUGUACAUCCAGUAGUUUUUCUUCAAUGGAACUGAUAUCCAUUGAGUUCAUUUUACCUACAAGCAAUAAACAUACUAAAGUACCAGAAAUGAUGUUACUUGAAAUAGCUGGCAACUGUACGGUUGAGCAAAUGAAGGCACAGAUUUGGAUGCGUGCAAUAGAGAUGAGUCAAACCACAGACUUCUACCAUGCAUUCACCCCAGAUCAGUUUGUCCUGCAGUAUCAGAAGAAAGGGCAAUGGUAUGAAAUUUAUGAUAAACAUCAAGUACUGCAGACAUUGGACUGCAUACUGUACUGGAAAGUGUUACAGAAAAAGGUAGGCAAGAUCUAUGUUGUCCAGAAACAAAAACCAUCGGAAGAAGUUCAGGAAUUUCAGCGGCAGCUUAAUGAUUUAAUUGGUUACGAUGUCACUGACGUAAGCAACGUGCAUGAUGAUGAGCUAGAAUUUACCCGUCGCAGAUUAGUCACUCCACGAAUGAUAGAGGUAGCCUGCAGAGAUCCUAAAUUGUACGCAAUGCACCCAUGGACUACAUCCAAGCCACUCCCAGAAUAUUUAUUUAAAAAGAUCACUAAUAAUAAUAUUUUCAUAAUCAUACAUAGAGGAACAACUAGUCAAAAAAUUAAAGUGUCAAUAAAUGACACUCCAGAUAUGAUUCUUCACAGCUUUUUCACAAAAAUGGCAAAGAAAAAAUCUUUGAUGGACAUUCCUGAAGAUCAUAGUGAGCUGGAUUUUGUUCUCAGGGUUUGUGGCAGAGAUGAGUACAUUAUUGGAGAGACACCAAUCAAAGACUUUCAUUGGAUAAGACAGUGCCUUAAGAAUGGGGAAGAAAUCCACCUUGUCCUAGACAAUCCCCCUAACCCGAAUGAGGAUGAGGUUCAGAAGGAAGAAUGGCCCUUGGUGGAUGACUGUACAGGAGUUACAGGGUAUCACGAACAAUUGACAAUAGACGGAAAAGAUCAUGAGAGAGUCUUCACUAUCUCAUUGUGGGAUUGUAAUAGGAAAUUUAGGGUGAAAAUAAUUGGCAUUGAUAUCCCAGUUUUACCAAGAAAUACUGAUCUUACUGUGUUUGUGGAAGCUAACAUUCAACACGGGCAGCAGCUCCUUUCACAGAGAAGAACUUCAUCGAAACCUUUUACUGAGGAGGUUCUGUGGAAUAUUUGGUUGGAGUUUGAUAUCAAAAUCAAGGAUUUGCCUAAAGGAGCUCUUCUGAAUCUUCAGAUAUACUGUGGCAAAGCACAGGGGCCUUCCACAAAGACAAACCUUCAGUCACAUGAAUCCUCCAACUCCGAUACAAAAUGCAAAACCCAGCUUCUCUAUUAUGUAAAUCUUCUGUUGAUAGAUCACCGUUUCUUGCUACGAAGUGGGGAGUAUGUGCUCCACAUGUGGAAAAUUCCAGGCAAGGGGGAAGAACAAGGAAGUAUCAAUGCAGACAAACUCACAUCAGCAACUAACCCAGAUAAAGAAAACUCAAUGGCUAUCUCUAUUGUGCUGGACAAAUAUUGUCACCCAAUUGCCUUGCCCAAGCACAGGAUAGCAUCAGACCCCCAAGGGGACAGGACCCGAGCUGAAAUGCCCAACCAGCUUCGCAAACAACUUGAAGAGAUCAUAGCAACUGACCCACUUAAUCCACUUUCUCCUGAGGACAAAGAACUGUUGUGGCACUUUAGAUAUGAAAGCAUAAAGCACCCCAAGGCAUAUCCUAAGCUGCUUAGCUCUGUGAAAUGGGGACAACAAGAAAUAGUGGCCAAAACAUACCAGUUGCUAGCUAAAAAAGAAGUUUGGGAUCAGAGCACUUUAGAUGUUGGACUUACAAUGCAACUUCUGGACUGUAACUUUUCAGAUGAAAAUGUCCGAGCAAUGGCAGUUCAAAAACUGGAAAGUUUAGAAGAUGAUGAUGUUCUUCAUUAUCUUUUACAGCUUGUGCAGGCUGUGAAAUUUGAGCCAUAUCAUGACAGCGCAUUAGCCAGAUUUCUGCUCAAACGUGGUUUGAGGAACAAAAGAAUUGGUCACUUCUUGUUUUGGUUCUUGAGAAGUGAGAUUGCCCAGUCCAUGCAUUACCAGCAGAGGUUUGCCGUCAUCCUCGAGGCCUAUCUCAGGGGCUGUGGGAAGGCCAUGCUGGAUGACUUCAUGAAGCAGGUUCAAGUCAUUGAAUUGCUGCACAAAGUCACAAUGGAGAUAAAAUCAGUUUCUGCAGAAAAGUAUGAUGUUACUUCUCAAGUUAUUGCACAGCUGAGACAAAAGCUUGAAAAAUUACAGAGCAGCAAACUUCCAGAAAGUUUUAGAGUUCCAUAUGAUCCUGGGCUAAGAGCAGGAGCCCUAGUGAUAGAAAAAUGUAAAGUAAUGGCAUCUAAGAAGAAGCCCCUCUGGCUUGAAUUUAAAUGUGCAGAUCCAACAGCUCUGUCAAAUGAAACCAUAGGCAUAAUCUUCAAACAUGGAGAUGACCUCCGUCAGGACAUGCUUAUUUUACAGAUUCUUCGAAUUAUGGAAUCCAUUUGGGAAGCAGAAUCCUUGGACCUCUGUUUGUUACCGUAUGGUUGUAUUUCUACAGGGAACAAAAUAGGAAUGAUUGAAAUUGUGAAAGAUGCUACAACAAUUGCCAAAAUUCAACAGAGCACAGUUGGGAACACUGGUGCAUUUAAGGAUGAAAUACUAAACCAGUGGCUCAAGGAGAGAUGUAUGAUUGAAGAGAAGUUUCAGGCAGCUGUGGAAAGAUUUGUUUACUCUUGUGCUGGAUACUGUGUGGCAACCUUUGUACUUGGAAUAGGUGACAGGCACAAUGACAACAUCAUGAUUACAGAAACAGGUAACCUUUUCCAUAUUGAUUUUGGCCAUAUUCUUGGGAAUUAUAAAAGCUUCCUUGGAAUUAAUAAGGAGAGAGUUCCUUUUGUGCUGACUCCAGAUUUUCUGUAUGUCAUGGGGACUUCCGGAAAGAAGACAAGUCUCCAUUUCCAUAAAUUUCAGGACGUAUGCGUGAAGGCUUACUUAGCUCUUCGACACCACACAAACCUGCUGAUCAUCCUGUUCUCCAUGAUGCUAAUGACUGGAAUGCCCCAAUUAACCAGCAAAGAAGAUAUUGAAUAUAUCAGGGACGCACUGACAGUAGGAAAAAACGAAGAAGAUGCCAAAAAGCAUUUCCUUGAUCAGAUAGAGGUUUGCAGAGAUAAGGGCUGGACUGUGCAAUUUAACUGGUUUUUACAUCUUGUGCUUGGAAUCAAACAAGGAGUAGAAAAGCAUUCUGCUUAAUAUUUUAUGUAAAUUAGCUGUGGGUGUGAAUAGGAGCUUAGUGAAUCUACAUGUUAUUUAUGAAUUCUGAAUAAAUGAGCAAUCAAAAUUGCCUUUACUUUGCUGGCAGCUUAAACGGAUCUUCUAAAAAGGCAAGGACUUUGCUCUGCCCCUCCAGAAGAUCUUCCUGCAGUUAUUUUUUUUUUAUUUUUAAUGACACUUCAAGUUGCUGGAUGGAUUCUAUUAACUAGUUGCUUUGCUGACGUGGCCUGCAUUUUUUGUUUUUUUCUUUAGUAAUAAUUUCAGAUAAAUAUGAGGAGCUUGAGUAAGAUGAUAACCUGCAAAUCCCCUGUGACAUUUCCUUAACUGUUCAUGACAGUCAAGUCCUUCAAAACCAGAAGAAUUUAUUUAAAAUCUAUGGUUAUAGUAAAAUCCCUGUAGGCAGUCCAUGCCUGUCUCAGGAUGGCUUAUGCUCAAGUGUUCUUAACCCACCUCCUUCUCUUGUCCCUUCCUCAACAUUUGUCCUUUCUGGACUUUUAAUAUACUGUCAGUAGAAAAGAACUUUGGCUCUACCAUUGGAGGAAAUUGCCUUACUGUUACUGUAGCCUCCUGACACAGACAACUGAGCUUGACUGUCCUGCCAGGAGAACUUCAUAGUUACCUGGAAGUUCCUCAGGUUUGAACAUGAAAUGCUGAAGAUUUAAUUUUGAAAGAUUUUUUUACUGUGCUUUUUAAUGGUGAACAUCCAUAUUAUAUUACAGAUUAUAUUCUUACUGUAAAGGUAUUAAAAUUCCACCUGUAUAGUAAAAGCUUUGUAGGAAAAGCAGUGGUACUUCCUUAUCCCUCAGAGAAAACUCCUUAUGUAAGAGUAAUUGACAUUUUACCAAAUAUUUGAGAAACCCAAAGUUAUUUAUUCUUUGGUGAUAUAUUUUCAGGAUAUACCUAGAAGGAAUUAAAUGUAAUCUUUGAAAUUGUGUAUAUUUUGCUAUUUAUUUUUCAAUUCCUUAAGAGACUAUACUACUGAAAAGCUAUUUAUGAAAGAAAAAAAUCCUUAUCUUUAAUUUCAAUAUUUAAACUUAAAAGAGGAGAAAAUGGGCAGUGUUAAGUAGAAUUUUAACUUCUCCACUGUAGGAUGCCUGCAAAUCAUCAAGUCUGACUAUGGUAGGAAAGGAAAAAAAUAUAGCCUGAAUUAGUCUUUGACUUGAAUUAUUUUGGUAUACUUCCUGCUAAUUGAUUUUUACCAAAGAGAGAUGAUGGCUUACAAUAUUGCUUUUUUGCACUUGUGCCCAUGUAAUUUCCUUAUUUGUUGUUGUGUUACAUGGGCUUUACAUUACAUAUAAAUGAUUAACUGAAUUUUUUUAAUUCUGUCAUCAUUUGCUUUGAUCAUUUAUCAGAACAGUUAUGAUUUUAACUACUGUUACUACUGAGUGCAUUCUUGAAGGAUUUUUAAUAAAUGUACUGUAAUUGGUGUCUCAGUUAUGAGAUUUAGCCAAUCUAUUCUUAAAAUGUAGAUGUUUAAUUGGUUACUGUGCACAACUAUUUUUGAUGUAUAUGGUAGAGUCUAGUUAAGGAAAUCUAUAAAGUUAAAAUGUAGACUAUUUUGUUGUUCUGCUGCAUUAUUAUUCCAUGCAAGGCUUAAGACCGUACUAAAAUAUAAACUAAAUGGUGAAUAUUGUCUGUAAAAUGAUAUUUUUAGAUUUGUAUUUUAUAGAUCUGAAAUAAAUGGACAUGUUCUACUCA